AAUUAGUAUUCAUCAUCAUACGCACAUAAACUAUACAUCUGAGAAAAUAAUGUUAGUACCGACGAAAUCCAUCAGCAUGCGCAUAGCGGUUCUUUCUUUUGUGGCGGCAUAGUGCUCCUUGGCAUUUACUAAGCCGGCCUUUCGCGUGCUACCCUGCUACCCUGUUGCCUUAAGCAAAGGUAACCACAAGGCCCGAAAAAUAGUGUAAGAUCUAAACACCUUAAGCUACUCCGUACCCCCAUGGCGACUUCGUCCGCCCGCCCGCUGGUUCAAAGGGGAGAGGGCCAAGCAAGAUCCCGGCUCCGCCAGAGCCGCGCUGACGCCAACCCCAUGACUCCAUACAAGACUGCAGUUGUGGACCCUGAACAAGAACCCCUUGUUUCGACUGAUCGAAAAGACCAAAUCAAUAUCCAGAACAUGCCAGGGACGGAUUCUGUCAAUAGAAAAACGCAAUGGCUACUCCUGGCAGUUGCCAGUGGCGCUUGCGCCGCCUUUAAUGGUGUCUUUGCUAAAUUAACUACAACUGAAUUGACAAAAACGUGGGCGGGUGCCAUUGCAACGGGCCUUGGGCUGGAUCGUGAUAAUCUUGUGGUCGAAUUCGUUAUCCGCGCAACAUUUUUCGGGUUGAAUCUUGUGUUCAACGGCAUUAUGUGGGCAUUAUUCACAGCUGCUCUGACAAGAGGCACCUCCACGACUCAGGUGUCUAUCAUUAACACUUCUGCAAAUUUCAUGAUUACUGCCAUGUUAGGUCUCUUAAUCUUUUCCGAAUCCCUGCCGCCAUUAUGGUGGGUAGGAGCUGCGUUGCUUGUAGCGGGCAAUGUCAUCAUUGGCGGGAGAGAAGAAGCUGAAGUGAACAAGCCCUCGGUGGUAUUAGAUGAGUCGGGCCAGGGAGACGAUGUUUUGAGGGAAGAGGAGGAAGAGCUUCUUGCGGAAGCAGUCGAGUUUGAAGACGGGGGAAACAUUGGAGACGGUAGCCAUGCAGCUCGCAGCUGAUUCCUAGUGGUUGGAAGGGCAUUGCUGUGGUACCAUUUGAAAAUACCUUACUUUGGACAAAGUGUAAUACUUGAUGAAACACCGAAUGCCUAGAUUUGCUAGAGUGGCAAUGUGAUAUCCCCUGAUUGGACACUUUCCGAAUGCAUUAUCGGACUCUAUAUGUAAUUAGAUAAAUAUUGGAUGGCAAAUUGUAAUUCGAAAUCUAGACAUAAAUCAUGAAUGGGAAUUAAAU